AUGCACCUCCGACCCGACCACGCCGAGACGGACACCCCCACCCUGUGGAAGCUAAUCCGUGAUAACCCCCUGGGCAUCUUCACCACCGCCAUCCCCUCACCCUCCGGCUCCUUUCCCCUCGUCCAAUCCACCCAUAUCCCCUUCAUGCUGGACACCGACGACGACGACGACGACGACAACAACAGCAACAACAACAACAACAACAACAACAACAACAACAACAACAACAACAACAACAACAAACACGGUCCCUAUGGCCGCCUAAGAGCCCACCUCGCCCGCCAAAACCCGCACAGCAAAGCCAUAGUCGAGUCCCUCACAACCUCCACCUCACCCAGCCAGCAGACCACAGCCCACAACAUCCUCGAGCAGGACGUCUCCGUCCUCUUCACCUCGCCCAUCCACCACUACGUCACCCCCAAAUUCUACACCGAGACCAAACCCGCCUCGGGCAGAGUCGUGCCGACGUGGAACUACGCCGCCGUGCAGGUCUACGGCAAGGCGAAAGUGUACUUCGAUCCGCACGCCGACGAAACGGAAAAGUUCCUCGCGACGCAGAUCGAUGAUCUGUCGCGCCAGUGCGAGAUCUCCGUCAUGGGCUACACGGGGCGCGGCGAGAGGCCUGGACCCUGGGAGGUCACGGAUGCGCCGCCGCGGCAUAUCGAGCUGCUACAAAAAAACAUUGUCGGCGUCCAGAUCGAGAUUAGCCGGCUGGAGGGCAAGUUCAAGAUGAGCCAGGAGAUGAGCAAGGGGGAUAGGGAUGGUGUCGUGAAAGGGUUCAAGGGGCUGGGCACGGAGGUUAGCGCGGCCAUGUCGGAUCUGGUCCAGACGCGCAGCGAGAUGCAUGAAGCGGCCAAGGCUCGGAGUAAGGUAGGUAUAGAAUAG